UAGAGAGUUGCACAAAAUGUGUUCCCACGAAAAAUCACAUGAACCCUUUAAAGACUAUGAAUUCUGUAAUAUUAUCUACUUUCAGGCAUAUGCUAACAUUUCACCCGUUGAUGAUGAAACCAACGCUGCAAUGACUGCUGCUACUGUCCUACGAGACAUAGCACUUAACCAUCUGACUUGCAAUUUGUGCAACCAGCGGUACAGAGCACCUAAAACACUCAGCUGCCUGCACAGCUUCUGCACAACCUGUCUGCGAAGUAGGCUGGAUAAGUGCCCAGGUCCUUGGAGAAGAGAGAUUAUUUGUCCCAUCUGUGAAGAAGUCACUGAGCUGUCGCAGGUGAAUGAGCUUACAGGAGUCAGAGAUAGUACCCAGGUCCAGGCUCUACUAGAGGAUGUGGAAAAGCUGGAGGAAUGUCUGACUGGUCAUAAGAUGAAGGCCUCUGUGGAUGAGGUCACGACAAUUCAACAAGUCACUACCGACUAUCAGAAGUUGAGAGUUUAUGACCGAGAUCCCUCCAGUGAUAAUGGUGAUGGUCGGUCAGGUCGAACAACUCCCCAGGAAGCAGCAGUCUGUGAUGCCAAGACAUGCUCAAAACACCCACGCAAGGAUCUCAAGCUCUUCUGCAAAACCUGCCAGGUGAUGAUUUGCAAGGACUGUACGUUAUCCAACCACCAUGCAUCAAGCCACUCGUAUGUGGAUGCGACGUCGGCUGUUACCGUGUGCAGAAGACACCUUGACACAAUGCUACCCAUGAUCCAACAAGACUGCAAGGAAUUCACACAGGCAGCCAGCUCAGCCAGGAAUGCCUACUGCAGACUCCACAUGAAUAUCCAAGCCAGCAAGAACAAGAUUCUACAGGUGGAGGAACGGGAGGUUGCUAGAGUGAGAGCCCAUGGUGAGCAGCUGCGAAAAGAGGCCAUUGAAUUGGGUAAACAGAAUGCCAGGGAGAUAGAAGCAAUAUACAAGAGCCACUGUGAUCAAGCACAGAGAGCCAGUCACAUAGAAGGUAGGAUCAAGCAUGCACUGACCAAGGCAACCAGCCUGGAGAUUCUCAAAAUGAAGCAAGAUCUCUUUGAGCACAUCACGACUGUCAAGAAGGUGAUCACCCAAUCCCACAAUCUGUCUUUCCUGGACUUCAAAGGCCAUCUGCCAAACCCUACAGCCGAUAUCAACCUCGGCACACUCCUGACAAAGGAAAAAUGGAAGAAAAUUAUCGACUUUGGACGACAACCCGGCAAGGGUUUUCGACAAGUUGGCUUUGUGGCCGUGUAUUCUAAUGGUGACGUAGCAGCUACUGACAUGGAAUCUUGGACGCUGACCGUGGUUAAAUGUGGACAUCAUAUUAGCCAUAUGAAGAGACUUAAUGAGCUCAGUAAGAAAGCACUGAUCAGACCUUAUGCCAUAGCAAUCAACACCCAUGACGAGCUGGUCGUUUUAGACAACUCCAGAGUCAAGGUGCUUGAUAGACAAAUGGGGUUUCUCUUACAAGUUCCGACCUCUUUCCCAGAGUAUCCAGUCAGGAAUUCCUUUGGGAGUAUCUUGUCCUGCCUGGCGGUGGAUAGGCAGAAUAGGAUCGCCGUGGGACAUCGCGGGAAAGAGAUCAUCUCCCUUCACAGGCAAGAUGGCAGUCUGAUCCAGGUAGUACCCGCUCCGAUGAUUGACACCCAGCUGACAAUCAGUCAACAGCAACGACUGGUCUACAGCAACUACGAAGCUAGGAAAGUGCUCUCAAGGGACUUCAAUGGUCAGUUGGUGUUCUGUGUGGAUACCGACGACAAGUUGCCGACUGGAGUUUGCUGCGACAAGGCUGGAUACAUCUACGUGGCCAUGCACACCGACAGCGCCGGUCGCUGUGAAAUUCACCAAUUUGACCCAGACGGUGUGGCUAUUGGGUGCGUGGUAAGGGGACUGGACAACCCCUUGGGGUUAACCUUCACCAAAGAUGAUGAGCUGGUGGUGGCUGAUAAGUACUCAGUGAAGAUAUACCGCAGGGCAUGAGAAAAGGUCACAGUGCUUGACAGAAUGAGAAAGUUGCAAAAAGGAAAAUAUAUCUCCUCAAUCAAGAAAAAAAAUCUUAAGGAAUUAGUUAAAGACAGUGUUAUCAUGGAACUUGCCUGUGUGAUUAGAAAUCACAAAUUCAAAACUACUCAGAAUUAAAAAAAAAAAAAAAAUAUGGUUAUCAGUAUGAUUUUGAAUACA